AUGGACACAGCCAGCGCUCUGGGCGGCAUCCCGCGCCUCGAGUUCUCCAAGCAGCGGCGGCAGCAGCUCGAGUCGACGAGCGACGACCUCGUGGAGCGCGCGCUCAACACGUACGAUGAGUUCCACGCCAAGAAGCGCGCCAAGUCCACCAAGCACUGGAAGCUCGUGAAGCGGAAGAAGUCGCUCAACAUUUACAGGGAGCGCGGCAAACCCAAGAGCGAGAGCCGCGUGUACAUUUGCAGCGGCGUCAUGCCCGGCUCGGUCGAGGACAUGAUCAGCGGCGCCUACUGCGACGACACGGAGAACAUGCGCAUCCUUAUGAGUGUGACCACAGACAAGUUCCUGGAUGGCCGAGUCCUGCACGUGUUCGAGAAGAACCCGAUCACCAGGAGCGUCGUGUUCUCAGGUAUUUUGUGGAUGGCGCUCAAGACGCCGACGACUGCAACGCUGAUCCACGACCGCGACAUGCUCUACUACCAGCGGAUCGGCCGCAUCGUCGAUCGUCGAGGCAGGUACUUCGUCUACUGCGUCCUGGACUCGGUCGAGCUCGACGAGCUCCCGGCUAACCAGCAGCACAACGUGGUGCGCGCCUCGCUCUCCAUGUGCUAUCUCUUCCGACAGGUGCAGGAGGAGUGGGUGGGCUGCUUCGUUAUGGGCAACUCCUCCAUGGGCGGCACCCUGCCGCGAAGUCUCAGUGAACUCAUCACAGCGGAGCGGAUGCUGGCUAUAGGCAACAUGCUGUUCGUGGCCCGCGCAAAGGCGUACUCGGCGCGUAUGGCCAACAGCGCCGACCGGAUCCCGUCGACCAGCAGCUCGUGUGACGUGUGUAUGAAGAAGCCGAACAUGCUGAGCGGCUCGCUCAAGCUCUGCAUGGGCUGUCGGCGCAACACGUGCAGGAAGUGCCGCGAGUGGUGCACCGUGUUCCGCCUCGAGCUGCGCACGCAGAAGCCCGAGAGGGAGCGCUUCUGCUCGCAGUGCAUCUCGGAGGUGACGAGGCCAACCAUGUCCAACUUUUACGUCUGCAGUCUCAACGAGUCUACGAGCAACAUGCCCGGCGGCUCCAAUUCCGUGUCAAACUCCAGCUAUUCAGGUUUCCAGCAGGGCAGCAGCAGUCCGUCGUCGUCCCCGCACUCGCACGACUUCUCCGAAGUCGACUCGGACGCGUGGCUCCCGGCUCCUCCAGAUCUGCCAGAGAACUUGGACGGCCUCGCCUCGUUCGUCGAGCGAGCAAGCGCCGCCAACGCGAGGGAUAUGCAGUGGAACCAGGAAGAGCUCGACUACUUCUCGGACAUCCUGCGCGAGUCCGGGCGAUUCAAGCCAGACUUCAGCAAAAGUGCCGUCGGUAGCGGCCACACCAGCAGCAGCCACUCGAGACGAACGCAGAGCUACACGCAGGGCUUCCACCCGGGCAGCUCCCUGCCCCCACCCAAUCAUGAGAAACUCGACCGCCGGGUAUCUCGGAGCUAUGCGUCGGACGAUUCGUCCGUGCCGCACCAGAAAUUCUUUAGCGUAGAUGAGCUAGACUAA